AUGCGUGGGGUCACGUACCCCCACCUCGCCCUCACCAAUCCACCCCAUCCGUACAUCCAUCCAUCCAUCCCUCCGCUCCCGGCCCUGCCGGCGGCGCGCGGGCGGACGCGGGAGGGCGCGUGCCGGGGGUCCCCGCAGGCCGGGCCGGCCCCGCCCCGUGGCUCCGGCCUGGCAGCGCUCCCGGGCACCGGCAGCCGGGAGCCCUCGCUGGGGGCCGGCCCGCCCGGCCUCCUCGGGCCCCGCCGCCGCGCUUCCUACGGCCCCCUCCGCCGGCUCCCAACGGCCAGCGGGCCCCGUUUCCCCGGGAAUCGCCAUUCCCCUCCCCGAGGCCGCGGGACGGGCCCACCCCCGGCGCGGGGAGGUGGGGCCGGGAGGGGAGCGGGGUCCCCGCGCAGGCCGGCGGGGCGCCCGCACCGUCCCCCGCUGCCCACGCUCACACGGGGGAGGGUGGCGGCGGCGCGCAGGGGGAGAGGUUCUGACCUCCUCGCUCUUCAGCACCUCCUUGAACUCCCGCUUGAUCCUCUGCACCGCGAUGUUGGCCAUCUCCGCAGCGGGCACCCCCUCGCCGCCCCUCCGCGCCGGGCCCAGCGAGCUCCGCCGUCGCUCCGCUGGAGAACUCCCGGCCCCACCAAAAUGGCGCCCGCGUCGAGCAUGCGCGGUGGGGCCGCCGCUGCUCCUCAGGAGGGGCCGCGAGAGCGCGGCCGGAGCGGCACCGGGGCCGUUGUGGGGCCGGGGCUGGGGCCAGGCGGUGCCGGCGAGGCGGCUGCGCUCUCGGCCACCUCCUCCCCGCUGCCCCCGCGGGGAAGGGUGCGCUGCCCACCUGGGGACGCGCAGGGGUCCGCCCUGCUGGCCGCCCGCCCCAGGGACACUUGCCCGCAGACCCGCUCGCGCCGCUCGCCCCGGCACGGGCCGGGCGGGCCCAGGAGAGAGCGUGAGGAGGAACCUCCUCGGGUACAGCCCGCAGGCACAGCGGGCCCUGGGCCACUGCGGAGGCCGUUGUGUUGUCACGGCUCCCGCCCGGCCCUCUCCCCGCACCAGGUGAACCCCGAGGCACCAGCUGGGGAAGGGGUGACGGAGCGCUCUCGGGAGGGCCGGUCCGAGGUAGCGGGGGAAAAGCCUGAGGUGUCCCAGAGGAAACAGGUGGCAUGUUUCCUAGGGAAGCCCCCGAGCAAAAAAAAACAGGAAUGUCUCAGGUGCCUUGAGAAUCUAGUCAACCUGGCCCAUACAGCUGCUCCCAUCUAUGUUUUUCCCCUUAUGCUCCCGGACCAGCGCCUUGCCCUCUUUCCACCCUCACCCUUCUUUUGCGGACGCCGGUGUCUCCUCACACGGGAGGCCGAGGAACAGGCAGCUCUGAGGGGACAGCGUGCCCAUGUCUGGUUGCGUGGCCAGGUGUGAGAGUGCCCUCUCCUGGGUGGAACAGGCAGUUCGGCUUGCUCGCUUGAGACGGAUCCCUCUGUUGGGAAGCCCUUUGCCUUACAAAGAGCUCACGGUACUGUCACUGCCUUGAGGAAGAACUUGUAGGAGUUCUGCAGGCAGAAAUGCCAAAACCAGGAGAACAGAAACUAAUGGGA